AUGAAUUUUAUCGAAACCAUUCGUGAACGUCUCUCUAAAGUCGACAAAAGAAUUCUCUAUGGGGUUGGUGUCUGUGCCAGCUUAUUCCUUUAUUCGCGCGUUAAAAAACAAGUUGUGGCUUGCAGACUUAGACAUAAAGCGAAAGCAAAAAGAGCUCAAAGAGAUGCCAAAAAAAUUGAAAUACCUCCAGUUGACAAGGAAAAGCAAGAAUAUAUACUUUCAUUGACCGCCCUAGAGCUUGCAGCUGCAAUUAAAGAAAAAAAAUUUACUUGUUUGGAAGCUGUAGCAACAUAUAUUGGAAGGGCCUAUGAUUUAGGAAGAAAAUUAGAACUCACAGCUGAAGAGCCUUUUGAAGAAGCUCUUGACUUAGCGAAAGCUCAUGAUGAAAUGCUCCUACAAAACCCUGAAAACUGUGGACCACUUCACGGUGUCCCUGUCAGUAUCAAGGAUCAUUUUUCCCAAAUCGGCUGCACAUCUAGUUCAGGAUGUGCUUGGAGGCUUGAUUUGCCUGAUGAAGUUGACUGUUUAUUGCUUGAGCUAUUAAAAGACGCUGGAGCAAUUCCUUUCAUUAGAAGUAACGUUCCACAAGGGAUGCUUUGGAUUGAGUCUUCAAAUGACAUAUAUGGGACUGCUAAAAACCCUUGGAAUAAAAAUCACACUACUGGGGGAAGCUCAGGUGGAGAAGCUGGAUUAGUCGCUUGUAGAGCUUCACCUCUUGGGCUAGGCAGUGACAUUGGAGGGUCAAUUAGAAUCCCUUCUACAUUUUGUGGGGUUUAUGGGCUAAAGCCAACACCUGGCAGAGUUUCAAAUAUCGGAGUAAGAGCUGCGCACCCUGGAGAUAUUGAACCACUUGCAUAUCUUAUAGGAAUAACAUCUGGCCCAAUAGGAAGAUGUGUGGAUGACUUAAAAGCAGUAAUGGAAUGCUUCUGUGUCGAAAAACAAUAUAAAAGAGAUUUAUCGUUAGCCCCAAUUCCAUUUAAUCAUAAUAUGUACAAUGAAGCUGCAGCUUCGAAAAACUUGAAAAUUGGAUAUUUCUAUGAUUUAGAGCAGUUUGAAAGUGCUCCAUGCAUAAAGAACGCAAUUAGGGAGUGCAAAGAAGCAUUAGAAAAAUUAGGACAUACUUUAAUUGAAAUAAAAAUUCCUAACUCUAUACAGGCAGUCAAGCUUUAUAAAGAUGGCUUCAACUGUCAUGGCAACAAAGUUUUAAGAGAAAUGCUUCAAGGAGAAACCCCACAGUAUUAUUACAGAAUAGUUGAGUUUUUAAAUGAUAAAUAUUACCUUAAGCCGUUUUUCCGACUUCUUUUAAAACUAUUCAACAGUCCAAGAGUUCUUAGAGCUUUGGAAUUAAAAGAUAACGCUACUCCAGCUGAAUAUAUUGAUUUAUUCAGAGCCAUUAAUUCUUAUAAGACUACUUUUUCAAAAUACUGGAAUUCCUUAGGCUUAGAUGCUGUUAUAUGCCCUGCAUAUGCAACUGUAGCUCCUCCUCAUACAAAAACAGUUGAAAUCUUUGAUGCACUUGACUAUUGUAUGUUUUGGAAUGUAGUGGAAUACCCAAGUGGAAUUGUCCCUGUUCGCCUUGUUGAAGAAAAUGAGACGAAUUUUGAAAGUGAAAUUAAUGAUUUGUUUACGAGAUCCGCGAAAAAAAUUAUGGCUGUGUCUGCUGGGAUGCCUAUCGGUAUUCAAAUAGCUGGAAAACCAUAUCAUGAUGAAGUUGUUUUAGGCGUGAUGAAACAAGUUGAAGAUAUUUUUAAGUUCCAUAAGCAUCCUUAUUAA